UGUACAUUAAUACUCAAGCCGUACCUCGAUCGCUCUCGCCCAUAAACAUCUACCAUCAACCAUCUUGCGAACCAGGAAAUCACCACUCUGAUCGCAAGUAUGGACAGCAACGAUCAGCAACCGCCCCCUCCUCCAGAGGCACCGGACAAAGAGAAGAUGGACCAGGUUAGGAUUGCAGCUAUUACUUGUUUGGUUUGGGCCUAACUGACGACGUUAUUCAUGUAGAUCCGGCAGCGACGAAUGCAAAAGCUAGGGGGAUCGAGCGCGUCAACUUCAAAUCCCGAAGGGCCCGCAGAAGGUACAGCUUUGUCGUCGAAUCCACAAGCUUCCUCCUCGACUCCAAAUCCUCCAGCAAAUGUCGAACCAGCUCAGAAAACGAGAAUUACCAUCAAAUCAGCUUCCUCAAGUGCAGCGACUGAGAAUCCGUUUGCCAAACUGACGGCUCAAGCUUCAACUGGUCCAAAGAUCACCGUAAGAAAAGCAGAAGAGCGCUCAAUGAAACGGACUCGGGCUGAACUAGAUGAGAUACAGUAUCCCUCGGCACCUCUCGCAAAACGGCCGGCCACGGGUGAGAAUAUGGAAGAUUGGGAGAAUCGGGUCUUGAGUCAACUCUUUAGAUUGACUUUGGAUUCAGACCAGCAGGUGGAUUCAUCAAACCACAGACUUAUUUACCUGCCCAACUUGAGAUCGGAAUUGGAGGAAGAGAAGCUACCUUUACGACUUACAAAGGAUCGGUUGGACUCGGCUAUUCUCGAAGCAGCUUCGACAAUUCCCGCUCAGAAAUCGGUUCUGGACUAUCUUCUGCCAUGCUGGAAACGUGUAAUAAAGGCCCAGAGAGCGCAGAAAGUUAAUGUCACUGGAAGAGAUGAAGUUUUGAAAGAGGCAAGAAGAUUAUGUAUGAGCCAUUGCAUAUUUGCGGCGGAAAUGCCAGAGCUAUAUGGGUUAGUGAAGCGCUGAUAUUCUAGAAACACUGCUGACAAGAACAUCUAGCCGCGAAUCCAACCCCGCCACUGACUCUCUGACUCCUCAUUUCCUCUUUGAGGCCGCAGAAGACAAGGGAAUAUGUCCGGAUUUCUUGAUAGAGGCAGUUUCUCGAUUCGAGGAAGACGACACUGUAAAAUUGAUGCUUACAAAGGCUGUUGCCGGUUUGAGUUUACAGUUGUCGAACAUGACCAUGAAUGAUAACUACAAGCCGUACAUUAAUGUAAGUAUCAUGUGAAAUAAUUAUACCUUAUACAGUAUUAAUUUGUUUGUUUGAUAGGCUUUGAAGCAAUUGGCCCAGUUUUCAAAAAUUGUGGUCGCUAUUGCGGCGGACCCUCUAUUCCAAAUGGCAACAUCGGCGCCUGGGAUCGAGAGUCAUACACUUCUGGGACCGUUUUUCAGAAUUUCUCCUCUUCAGAAGGAAGUCUGCAAGGAGUAUUUUGCUUCUCCGAAGUCCAUGGAUAAAAGUCAUAUUCGGACAUCACAAGAAGCUUUACGAUUAACUUUACAAACACACCAGCGGGAUUUACUUGAUAUCACCAAUUCUUUUGUCAAAGCUGGCCCGGCGUCAAGAAACAAGAUUCUGGAUUGGUUCGCUUAUAUCGUGAAUUCUAAUCACAAGCGGAGAGCCAUGCGACCAGACAAAACUCAGCUAUCUUCCGAUGGGUUUUUGAUAAAUGUUACAGUAGUUCUUGACGGUUUAUGUGAGCCGUUCAUGGAUACCACAUUUUCGAAAAUUUCCAGAAUUGAACCUGAAUACCUGAGGAGAAACCCCCGUGUUAAUAUUGCGGAUGAAACGAAGCUCAAUGCAGAUCAAGAAGCAUCUGAUGAGUUCUACAAGGUCCAAGUCGGAGGGGCAUCAAACUUCAUCUCUGAAGUCUUCUUCUUAAAUUUGGCCGCGCAUCACUAUGGCAGCGAGGCGACAAAUGGUGGUCUGAAGAGCUUGGACAAAGAUAUCAAAUAUCUCCAAUCAAAACUUGAAGAAUUCGAAAGAGAGCGAUCCAAAUAUGCCAGCGUAAGAUUUCUCCCAGCAAGAUGCAAGAACAUAAUUGACAUCUUUAGAAUCCCGUACAAGCCGCACAGUUUGAGGCGCAGUUCAAGAAGUAUAACGACAUACUCAUGGAGUCGAUGCAAACAAAAUUGGCAAUCGAGGGCGUUCUUUUUGACAAAUCAAUGCAAACAAAAUCAUUGCUAUUCAUGAGAUAUGUAACUGUUUGGCUGCUCAGAGUGGCGACUCAGUCAGAAUACACUCCUGACAAGACUAUCCAGUAAGUCUUUAGUACUUUAGUAUUGAAAUGAGUAUCGUUCCCAGGCUAAUCACUUCUCUCAAGGCUACCUUUGAAGUCUGAACAACCUGACAUCUUCAAAUUUUUGCCUGAAUACGUUCUUGAAGACAUUGUAGGGAACUUCAAUUUCAUCUUCCGGUAAGCUUCUAUUUCCUCGCAUUUUUGUCUCUAUCGAUUAUUGAUAGGGCUUCUAGCUUCAUGCCAGAUGUUAUGAUCUCCGCUUUUGGUGAUGAAAUCAUUGUAUUUUGUAUCACAUUCCUAACGAAUUCCGAAUACAUCAAAAAUCCUUACCUGAAAGCUAAACUCGUUUCUCUGUUAUUUCACGGGACCUGGCCAGUCUACCAUCGUACAAAAGGUAUCCUGGGAGACUCGCUCGUCGGUACAAAAUUUGCAAACGAUCAUCUGCUUCAUGCGUUGAUAAAGUUCUACAUCGGUAAGACUAUCUUACACAUAGCUAAGAGAACAUCGCUGCUAACCCAUGGGUAGAGGUCGAGUCAACGGGUGCGCAUACCCAAUUUUACGAUAAAUUCAACAUUCGGUAUGAGAUUUUCCAGGUGAUCAAAUGUAUCUGGACGAAUGAUGUCUACAAGCAAAGAUUGACUCAAGAGAGCAAGUAAGUUGGGGGUUUUUGUAUGCGUAUGAUCCAGGCUAAUUUUGAACAAGGACCAACAUCGAGUUCUUCUUACGAUUUGUCAAUCUUCUUUUGAAUGAUGCCACCUAUGUACUGGACGAAGCCCUCACCAAAUUCCCUAAGAUACAUGAUCUCCAACGCGAACUAGACGACACUUCUCUCGACCCAGAAGCAAGAACAGCUAAAGAAGAAGAACUAAAAACUGCGGAAGGCCAGGCCCAACAGUACAUGCAACUGACCAACGAAACGGUAUCAAUGAUGAAGCUAUUUACAAAAAAUCUCAGCGGCUCGUUUACGAUGCCAGAAAUUGUUGAUCGAGUAGCAGCAAUGGUUGAUUAUACACUCGACACCAUUGUCGGGCCAAAAUCAGCAAACCUGAAGGUCAAAGACCCACAGAAAUACCAUUUCGAGCCACGAACAUUACUCAGCGAGUUCAUCGAUAUCUAUUUGAAUUUAGGGGUCUCGGAAGAGUUUGUUAAUGCAGUUGCUCGAGAUGGACGGUCUUACAAACCCGAGAAUUUCGAUAACGCCUCUCGUAUUCUCCAACGUUACAACAUGCGAUCUGGGGAAGAUAUCGCCAAAUGGGAAAAUCUCAAGAAGAAGUUUGCAAUAGCCAAGCAGCUCGAGGAUGAGAAUGAAGGAGACUUGGGUGAGAUUCCAGAUGAGUUCGCGGAUCCUAUCAUGGCUAUCUUGAUGGAGAAUCCGGUCAUCCUGCCGACAAGUAAACAAACUCUAGACCGAAGUACCAUUCUCACACAUUUAUUGAGUGAUCCUCAUGAUCCUUUCAAUCGGAUGGCUUUGAAGAUCGAGGAUGUAGUUGAGGACUUAGAGUUGAAGGAGCGGGUUCGGGUGUGGAAGGCGGGGAGAAUAGCUGCGGGGAAGAUGGCGAGAAAGGAUAAAAUGGAUGAGAGUGAAGGUUAAGCGAGUCAUGAGAGGGUAGUAUUGAGACUGAACUCUUAUAAUGAGACGAUUGCAAUGGGUAAUUUGGCGGGUUUUCGCUUGUAAACGACUUGCACGUAGCAUGCUGUUUUAGGGCGGGCGGUUGGGAAUUAGGAUAUUCGGCGUCGUGUUAUCCUUUUGCGAGCGUGCGAGCGGAUAUGAUACGGGAUGAUUUGUUUUCUCCUCCUCUCCCUCUCUUAUGAUUCUCCUCUGGUUUCAUCGCUUUGUUGCUUUGAGGGAGGAUUGCAUGGCAUGAAAUAGCAAGCAAGCGAGGAACAGGUAGAGAGUAUAUGUGUUUAUGAAUUGUAUUCUUGUUUUCUA